AUGUAGAGUCGCCUUUCCUAGCUGCAUGAUUUGGUAUGAGCUCUUCCAGUUUUACAACAUUGCAUCCCCAUCAAGUGGUAAAGGCAAAAAAGGAAUAUCAAAGCAAGCAGCUAUUGGAAUUGCUCUUUCAACCAUUUUCUGUGUGUUGCUGUUUGUGGUGCUCGCUGUUUUCCUCCUCAAGAGAAGAUCAAGAAAGCGACGUGAUGCCGAAAUACAAGAGGCAUAUGAUGGAGAUGAAACCUUACAAAUUGAUCCCGAAUCACUGCAGUACAGUUUAAGUGCAAUUCGAAUUGCCACAAACGAUUUUUCAGUUGAUAACAAAAUCGGCCAAGGUGGAUUUGGUCCUGUGUACAAGGGUAAACUACCAGAUGGACAAGACAUAGCCGUGAAGAGACUAUCUAGAAGAUCAGGGCAAGGUGCACAAGAAUUUAAAAACGAAAUUGCAGUAGUUGCCAAGCUUCAGCAUAGAAAUCUGGUUCGACUUCUGGGAUUUUGCUUGGAAGCAGGGGAAAAGUUACUAAUCUACGAAUUUGUUCCAAAUAAAAGCCUUGACUACUUCCUAUUUGAUCCAGAAAAGCAACAAUUGUUGGACUGGUCAAAACGUUACAAGAUCAUUACAGGAAUAGCAAGAGGACUUCUUUAUCUUCAAGAAGAUUCACGUCUUAGAAUUGUUCACCGUGACCUUAAAGCUGGCAAUAUAUUACUAGAUGAAAGGAUGAAUCCAAAGAUAGCAGAUUUUGGGAUGGCAAAAAUUUGUGGAGUCGAUGAAUUUGAAGGAAACACAAAUAGAAUCGCCGGGACAAUUGGUUACAUGGCUCCUGAAUACACUACGACCGGGCAGUUCUCGGUCAAGUCAGAUGUUUUUAGUUUUGGGGUCGUAAUUUUGGAAAUUAUUGCUGGCAAGAAGAACAGCAGCUUCUACCUAUCAGAGGAUUCUCGAGACCUUUUGAGCUAUGCUUGGGAACAAUGGAGACAUGGCACGCCAUUGGCCUUGUUGGAUCCAACAAUCGUAGACUCUUGUGUCGAAAUUGAGGUCCUAAAAUGCAUCCAAAUUGGAUUGCUAUGCGUUGAAGAAGAUGCUGAUAGAAGACCUAUGAUGUCUUCCGUGGUUUACAUGCUCAGUGGCGACUCUGUUACCCUUCCUGAUCCGCAUCUUCCACUAAUUUCCCGGCGUGAAAGAACAGAGAGCAUUCCUGAAGAGCUAGAAUCAGAUCGAUCUGAUACCAAGUUACUGUUUGGCUCCAUGACUGAUUCAUCAUCAUCUGCAGUUUAG